CAACUUUGAAACACGGCGGGUCUUCGACUGCCUGAUCGCUCUACCAUCUAGAACAUGGAGGUCGCAUUCUCUCUGCAAAAACUGGCCGCGUACAAGCCUCGAAAGACCCAGAAGUCCAAAGAAACACUCGACGCGGGCCUGGUGCUCCUCGAGAAUGGAGGCCACGCAACGAACGGGGAAGCAGGAUGGGAUGCCAUAGAGAAGCUUGCUCUGGCCGCGCUCGACCAGGGCAACACCGAAGUCGCUGACCGGUGCAUCCGGAUACUCUUAGACAAGUUCCCCGACUCCCCCCGUGUCCACAUCCUCACCGGCAUUCGACUGGAGGCCACGGAGAAGACGGAGGCCGUGCUGCGCUACUACGAUGAGCUGUUGGAGGAGAACUCCUCGACCGCGGCUGCAUGGCAGCGCAAGGCGCACGUCCUGCGUCAAAUAGGCAAGGUCGACCGGGCAGUGGAAGAGCUCUCCGCCAUGCUCGACACGUUCUACACCGAGGUCGACGGCUGGAUCGAACUCGCCGACAUCUACAUGUCCUGUCAACAAUACACCUACGCGCUCCAGUCCCUCUCCCACGCGCUCCUGCUCUCGCCCCAGAACCCGUCCUACUUCCUGCAGUUCGCGGAGACGGCGUACCUGGCGGACGACGUCCCGCUCGCGCUGAAGAUGUUCCUGCAGACGGUCGACAUGACCGACGACGACGACGACGACGGCGACGUCGCCCCGGGCGACUCUGUGCCCUCCGGCAUCACGCUGCGGGCGUGGUUCGGAGUCAAACUGUGUGCGAGUAAACUCGUAUCGGAGCCCCGUGCUGCGUCCUCUUCGCCCUCGCAAACCCCCGCACCAGCCGCCGACAAGCUGUCCGCUUUGAACGACCUGUCGACGGAGCGUUUACGCACGGCGUACUUGAACGUCAAGCACGAGUCGCCGCCCGCUGGCGACAGCGAGCUCAUCAAAGCUCUUGCUCCACUUGUAAAGUAGAUGUUGUACAGUCGGCUAUGCCAUAAGAUACCCCGGAAGCGUGCUCAAUUACGACCCG